CACGCGCACACCCGACAACGAUAAUAUACUUACAUAAUUAUAAUAACAUCGUCAUCGCGACGUCGUCGAUAUCGUCCGCACACGUCUCGUACGCGGCGCGCCUCCGGUUCCUGCUGGUCCGGACGAAUUCACAUCGAGGAGCACCUCGCCCGACCGAAAUCUCUGGAGCACUCGGCUUUUGGGCGCGACGCAUAAUAAGCAUCCCGUUUGCGCUUUCCGUUCUCGUCGUGCGCCGAUGACCGGCGGCGACCACCGAUACUAUACCGUUGCAGUUAGUCCGCUGUCCCGCGCGAUCAUAUAUAGAGACGACACAUUUUAUUAUCUAUAAAUAAAACGCCGAAAAACAUAUAUUAUCGUCUCGGACGGGAUUAGUAUACAUAUACCGUCCGACAUGCUGUCGUCUUACAGAAAAGGAAAAGAAGAUACUUCAAACGAAGUAUACCAUUCUACUGGUCCAUCGUACCCAAGUCCAUCGAGUAUGCUUCUAUUCCAGACACAGACCACAUUCACGCCGAGCAGUUUUGCCGAGCUGCUGUCCGGUUCGUAUUCCGAGCUGCCGCUGAACGAGGAGAUCGACUCGCUGACGGACGUACACGCCGUGCUGACGGACGCGGCUGAACAACAACAGCAACCGAUUCACCAGCAACAGCACCAGCAGGAUGGCGGGUCGGGCCUCCAGUUGCCGAGUUUCCAGGAGACGUAUGCUGCCACUGGCGUAGGCUUCAAAAUGGAAGAGGAUUACGGUCCGCCGACCACUGCGGCGACCGCGGUGACUUCAGUCGCUUAUCACCAACACCACCAUUCCCAUCUGCACCACCACCAACAGCAACAACACCACCAGCAGCAGCAACAUCAGCAUCAUCAGCAACAGCCGGCACAUCACCAGCUCCUACACCAACACCACGUCCAACAACAACACCAACAGCAGCACAACGGACAGCCACAUCAGCAACAGCACCACCAUCACGGAUCGGCGCCCCCGGCCCCGCCACUCAUACAUUUCGACUAUCACUUUCAGCACUUUCCGGGCGCGUUGCCGCCGCCGUCUCAGCAGCCACCCGAUUCGCCGACCGCCGAUCAAGGCGGCACAGCGUCCGUGUUCGAACCGAUGUUGGAUCACGUGGUGGUCAUGUCGCCCAAGCAACACCAUCAACAGCAGCACCACCACCACCCACACCACCAACAACAACACCAACAUCAACAGCAACAGCAGCAGCAGCAGCAACAACAACAGCAACAGCAGCAUGUCGUCGUUGCCGUCAAUCACCAGCACCACCAUCAACAACAACAACAACAACAACAGUCACUACAAGUGACUCAGCCGCCGCCGACGACGCCGCGGCCGACGGCCACGUCUCUGAUGAUUGACGCCGCCACGGAGCAGUUGCAGCACGUCGUCAACAACGCCGCUAUGGUGGACGCCGCCGCGAGGUCCUCGAGGACUUCGUCGGUCGCGGCAGUGUUGGCGCUCAGGGCCGCUACCGAUCCGUCAGCUAGCAGCAUGACGCCGAAAAUACGGCAUUGCAUCAACACGCUGUCGGUGACCGUGCCCGUCGAAUGUUCGCCGCCCACGCCGGACGCCGCUUGUAUUAUGCCGCAGAGGAACGCCACCGCCGCCGUGGCCACUGCUCCGUCUUCGCCGUCCCAGUUGUGCGCGGUCUGCGGUGACACGGCCGCGUGCCAGCACUACGGGGUGCGCACGUGCGAAGGCUGCAAAGGAUUUUUCAAACGGACCGUUCAGAAGGGCUCCAAGUACGUUUGCCUGGCCGAUAAAAACUGUCCGGUGGACAAGCGUAGACGGAACCGGUGCCAGUUCUGUCGAUUCCAAAAGUGCCUGCAGGUGGGCAUGGUGAAGGAAGUGGUGCGAACCGACUCGCUGAAAGGUCGUCGUGGCCGGUUGCCGUCCAAGCCCAAAUCGCCUCACGGAUCGCCACCCAGCCCGCCCGUGUCGCUCAUCACCGCGCUCGUUCGGGCCCACGUCGACACCAAUCCGGACUUCUCGUCGUUGGACUACUCGCAGUAUCACGAACCAAAACCGUUUGAACCACUGAUCACCGAAGCGGAAAAAAUUCAACAGUUUUUCGGAUUGCUCACGACGUCCGUGGAAGUUAUUAGACAUUUCGCUGAAAAGAUACCGGGAUUCAAAACUCUGUGCAAAUUGGAUCAAGAUUUAUUAUUUCAAUCAGCAUCUUUGGAACUAUUCGUGCUCCGUCUCGCGUACAGGACAAAAUACGCCGAUACGAAACUAAUAUUUUGUAACGGGGUGGUUCUGGACAAACAACAGUGCCACAGGAGUUUUGGCGAUUGGUUACAAGCAAUAUUAGACUUCAGUCAAUCAUUACACUCGCUGGACAUCGAUAUAUCAUCUUUCUCUUGCCUGUGUGCCUUAACUCUGAUUACAGAACGGCACGGUCUCCGGGAAGCGAAAAAAGCUGAACAGAUCCAGAUGAAAAUCAUCAAUUCUCUGCGGGAACACAUCACGUACAGCAUGUCGGAUUCGCAGCGCAAGUCUUAUUACUUCUCGAGACUACUGGCAAAACUGCCAGAGUUGCGUUCGCUCAGCGUGCAGGGGCUCCAGCGGAUAUUCUACCUGAAACUGGAAGACCUGGUUCCCGCCCCGCCGUUAAUCGAGAACAUGUUCAUUGCUAGUUUACCAUUUUGAAGAACACGACCAUCCAUACGUUAUUACUUAUUAUGUAACGUAAAACCAUCGAAGUGAAUACGAUUUUCUUAGUAACCAGCAUCCGUUAAUCAUAUCUAUUCAAUUCUGUUAUACCUAUACGUAUAUUAUAUUAUUGUUACCUACAUCAAUACUUAAAUAGCGUAUAGUAUUGUACGUAUAUAAGAUAGCGUGUUUCAUUAUUAUUAUUAUUAUUAUUAUUAUCAUUAUUAUUAUUUUUAUUAUUAUUAUUAUUUUUAUUAUUUUUAUUUUAUUAAUAUUUUUAUUUUAUUUUUUCGUUGAGUUUCGAAAUUUAUCCAAGCCCGCGGUAUAAAGAUCCUCUUAAAGUCUAGGCCACGUAACUAUUGUAGGAAAAUUUGUUGGCCCCCCUCUACUAAACCAAAAAAUGAAAACAACGCUAUCGAAUUCAAACCAUAUAAAAUUCAAAAACAAACGUUCCACGGGCAGGUCUGCGUUUUGCCAUGACCCCCCCCCCCCCCACCGCUAUCCACCAACAACCUAAAACCCCGGCUUUCAAAUAUCAGACAUGAAAAGUUUGCUAUUUUUACAAACGCGUUUUAUAUCAUGUUUAUAAAUAUUUCGUGGUUUGGGUCAUACAGUUGUACAUUAUGCUUGUAAAAACUAUAGACGUAUAACCCACAAGAGCACAAUAUUUGAUAAUAAUAUAAUGUCCGACCAAUUUAAUGGAAUUCUGAACACUCUGUACAAAUUGUUAAUGCACACACAUAUUAUUAUGAUGUCUUAAAUUUACUAUUAUUUAGUAAUAAAAUUGUAUUUGCCAUUUAUGCGUUUAGCCUACUUUGAUCAUUAUGUAUAUUGUUGUAGAAAAGUUCGCGUUAGUUAACUUUAAUAUUAUUAUGAUACAUUUACGCGUGCACUCCAGUGGUGAGGUGAAUUCAAACGUUUAUGAAGGUCUUUUUUAACAAAUCAGACCGCUCACCAAUGAAUUCCCUAUAAAUAACCCUUUAAAAUUUGAUUUAAACAUGGGAAUAAAUUACAACUACAUAAUACUCCCAUCCACUUAGUAAUACACAAGUGGUAGCGGCCUUUAAGACACCUCCUUCGCUAUGCCACUGUAUCUACGCGCAUUUGAGUGUGUCUAUAUGUUUGUUUGUGUGUGAGUGUGAAUGUGUGUGUGUGUGUUUGUGUGUGUGUGUGUGUGUGUGUGCGUGUGUCGUAUGAUUGAUAUAUAUGCUUAAAUAAUUAAAUAUAAACCUUAUAGUAUAUAGAAUACAUUGCAUUUAUUUAACUGAUUAUUACUUAAUUUUAGUCGUCAAGAAAUGUUAAAAACAAAAUGCCAUUUGUGCGACAUAAUUAUAUAAUAUUAUAUAGCCUUGUUGUAAAAUGUUUUGUUAAUUUCUUUACGGAAAAAUGUGUUAAAUUUAUAAACUGUUUUUUUUUUCUUUUCUCGCUUCACUGCCGUGAAAUAUUAUUGUUAGUGAAACUUAUCAUCGGUUUCAUUCCUUCUGUAGUUAUGUAAUGUAAUAAAAAAAAUAUGUAUUGACAUUUUAAAAACCUUAUUUUUAGUAUCGUUUGUAUCCUUGUAUUUAAAAAAAAUGUUCAUUAUAAUAUCUAUUUUAUAGUAUAUAAUAUUAUUAUAUACAAAUUACAAAUACUAUAUUUCAUGUUUGUAAAAAAAAUGAAACCGGAAAAUAGCCAAUAGGCAUUUUUUAUUUAAAAUGUAUGGUUUUAUUGCUUUAUAUGUUGUAACUAUAUAUUAUAUUAUAUAAUUUCAGAGAUAUGCAAAACUAUAUAAAAGUGUAAUACGCCCGUUUUACGUUCGUCCGUUGUACUUUUGUGUGCGAUUCAGAAUAAAAUAUAUGUUUCAUUAUUAUAUACAA